CCUGCCAUGGCUGCCUUUCCUCCCAUAAACCUCUGUAGCCACACGGUCCCCUCAAUUUUCUCUCUCCUCAACAUAACUAAUGCCAAACCCUAACCGCAUUCAAUACCAGUAAUCUGCAUAUUUUCGUAUGGCGAAGAGCGGCGAUCAAGCAGCGCCGGCGAACACCGCCGAAUUGAAGCGAGAGCUGCACAACUUUGUGACGGCGAUUGUAGGCAAGGACGGUGUCAAUUUAGAGGAUGUAGACAGAGCACAGCAAACGCUGCACGCUCUCAAGGAAUUGAGGAUGAAGGAAUCACCAGUCCGUCCCGACGGCGGCAGUGGAACGGAGGAUUCGACGGUUCCGGAGGAGUUUAAGUGUCCGUUAUCGAAGGAACUCAUGAAGGAUCCCGUGAUUGUCGCCACCGGACAGACGUUCGACCGAGCUUUCAUCCAAAACUGGCUGAAUUCAGGGAGCAGGGUGUGCCCUCGAACUCAGCAAGUGCUUGCUCACACCAUCCUAACACCGAACCACUUGAUCCGGGAUAUGAUCGUUCGGUGGUGCGAGAAUCGUGGAAUCAAAUUGCCCGAUCACACCUACUUCAACGGGGAAGACGAGGGCUUGACCAGGGCUGAUCGGGAUCAUUUCCUCGAGUUACUCAACAACAUGUCUUCAACGUUACCGGAACAGAAAGAGGCUGCUAAGAAGCUUCGUCUUCUAACGAAACGAAUCCCUUCGUUCCGGACACUUUUUGGGGAAUCCACUGAUGCAGUACCUCAGUUGCUGUCUCCACUCUCUCGGACAAAGCCCGGGACCGAUAUUGUCCGUAAUCAUCCUGACCUCCAAGAAGACGUAAUAACGACGCUGUUGAAUCUCUCCAUCCAUGACAGCAACAAGAUGCUCGUCGCCGAGACCCCAACUGCGAUUCCUGUUCUUAUUCAAGCCUUGCAGUCGGGAACAAUCGCGACAAGGAGCAAUGCAGCAGCAACCCUCUUCACAUUAUCCGCCCUCGACUCAAAUAAAGCGGUUAUCGGUAAGUCUGGUGCCCUCAAGCCCCUGAUCGACCUAUUAGACGAAGGCCAUCCUUCAGCGAUGAAAGACGUCACUUCAGCAAUCUUUAGUUUAUGCAUCCUUCAUGAGAAUAAGGUGAGGGCUGUCAAGGAAGGUGCUGUAAGUGUGAUCCUGAACAAGAUUGUCUGCAGAAUUCAUGUCGACGAGUUACUAUCCAUCCUUGCUAUGCUCUCGACCAACCAAAAAGCUAUUGAGGAAAUGGGGGAGCUCGAAGCAGUCCCGACCAUACUCAGCGUUAUUCGGGAGACAUCAUGUCCUCGGAAUAAGGAGAAUUGCAUUGCCAUCUUAUAUUCAAUUUGCUUUAACGAUCGGUCGAAGUGGAAACAUCUAAGGGAAGAUGAAAGGAUGCAUCGCACUUUAUCUCAACUUGCUCGAAAUGGGACUUCCCGUGCUAUGAGAAAGGCCAAUGGCCUUCUUGAAAGACUCGAUAGGGCCGUGAAUCUUACUCACACGGCGUAACCGGGUACGCCUUUCGAUUGCUCUUGCAUUUUGUAUAUUCUAUGAAGUCGUCUACAUUGUGUACUUUCUUGGUGUUUGUUAUAUGAGUUCGCCUCGUUUUAUAAUCAAUAAUUUGAUAUUGAUCCGUCGUUCAAUUCUAUGUUCGUGCACUCCAUCACUUUUUUAAGUUCAGUUUGAACGUAAGUAUAAGGAGUGUUAUGUUUUAAUGGAGGAAAUCUUGCAAUUUUUUGUUA